AUGUCGAAGCUGGACAUUAAACAGAUUUUAUUAAUUUUUGGCCUAUUCUGCACACUGUCACAAGCGAAUAGACCGUUAAACAUUCUUGGCCUGUUUCCCUUGAAUGGUUUUAGCCAUUUUCAAUUCUUUCAUCCGGUUAUGCGUGGCCUGGCUGCGAAGGGUCACAAUGUUACGGUUAUUAGCUAUUUCCCAGAUAAAAAUCCUCCUCCGAGUUAUAGAGAUUUGCCGCUAAGAGAAGGUGAAAUCUUAAUGAAUAGUGUGGACUUGAAGACUUUCGGUAGUAAAAAGUUUUACGAACCCUUUAGAGAAUUCUUUUUAAUUAAUGAAUGGGGUAAAAGAGUCUGCAAUCGAACAUUACAUUCCGAUGCGUUGAUCCAGGUGCUUGAAGAGCAGCAAGAUUUCGAUGUGAUCCUAAUGGAGCAAUAUAACACCGAUUGUUUGACAGCGGUGGCACAUCGGUUGAAAGCACCCUUCAUAGCGAUGAGUAGUUGUUCUAUGCUGCCGUGGCAUUUUGAGCGCAUGGACAUGCCCAGCAUGACAUCCUCUAUACCAACCCACUUCCUGGGAGAAUCAGAAUCGAUGAACUUCCGUGGUCGCCUGGCCAAUUGGUUUGUCUUUCAUGGCAUGCGUUUACUUUAUGAUAUAUACACCACCCCCGCCACAGAUGCUCUAGUGCGGCACAAACUUGGACAUGAUCUACCCUCCGUUGGGGAAUUGUCGAAAAGAACUGCAGUAUACUUUGUGAAUCAGCAUUUCUCAUUGAGUGGUGCGAAACCUUUACCGCCAACUGUCGUCGAAUUGGGUGGCAUACAUAUACAAAAGUCUAAGCCGAUCGAUUCCAACUUGAAGGAGUUUCUCGAUAAUGCCGAGCAUGGUGUGGUCUUCAUUAGUUGGGGUUCCAUGAUACGCGCAGAAACUUUACCACUAGCCAAACGGGAGGCUCUACUACGCGCUAUAAACCGACUCAAACAACGUGUGAUUUGGAAGUGGGAGAAUGGCACAUUGGAGCACAAAUCGGAUAAUCUAUACGUCAGCAAAUGGCUGCCGCAGCGCGAAAUACUCUGCCAUCCCAAUGUGAAGGUGUUCAUGUCGCAUGCCGGUUUGAUGGGCAGUUCAGAGGCAGCCUAUUGUGGUGUGCCCGUUAUUGCCACGCCAAUGUACAGUGACCAAUUCCUAAAUGCGGCCGCAAUGAAGUAUCGUGGCAUGGGCAUUCUUUUGAAAUAUGAGGAUAUCACAGAGAAUUCAGUAUUACGCUCAGUGAGAGAGGUCUUGAAGAAGGAAUACAUGGACAAUGCCAAAGCGGUCUCAUUCUCCUACAGACAUCGGCCACAAAGCGCACUCGAAACCGCCAUCUGGUGGGUGGAGUAUGUCGCAAAGACAGAGGGCGCACCACUCACUAAAGCCAAUGGGGUCUACCCGUUUUAUUACUUAUCGCGUUUCGUCUACUACACACUGGACAUUUAUUUUUCUUUGGCUUUUGUCGCCGUCAUUUCGGUGCUGAGUUGGAGGUUUUUGAUAAAAGGAAGUAACUCAAAGUCUGAAAAACUAAAAGAUUCUUAAUAGAAAUGGA